AUGGACUUCGCUAUUGAAGAUUCUCAGAAUGCGGCUCCUGAGGGCCAGGCCAAUGUCGAGCACUCGAAGCUCGGCGCGACAGCUUCCAAGGCUGACACCCAAAGCGUUACCAAGAGACUCCAGAGUGAGCUCAUGCAGCUGAUGAUGUCUCCUUCUCCUGGCAUAUCAGCCUUCCCAGACGGAGACGGAAACCUGCUUUGUUGGACCGCCACCAUCGACGGGCCUGAUGACACUCCCUAUCAGAAGCUCUCCUUCAAACUCUCCUUUUCCUUCCCUACAAACUACCCAUACGCUCCUCCUACAGUCUUAUUCAAAACGCCAAUCUACCAUCCCAAUGUGGAUUUCUCUGGACGGAUCUGCCUUGAUAUCCUCAAGGAAAAGUGGAGCGCAGUAUAUAAUGUCCAAAGCGUGCUUCUCAGCCUUCAAAGCCUUCUAGGCGAGCCUAAUAAUUCAAGUCCCCUGAACGGACAAGCCGCUGAGCUGUGGGAUAAGGACCCUGCAGAGUAUCAAAGGCUCGUUUUAGCUCGUCACCGAGAGAUCGAGGCUGGCGAGUGA